AACAGAAAAGCAAACACAAAAGUGAAUGGGGACACAAUUCAACGUAAAUCAAAUCUGGUUUCGAUUUGACCUUCAGUUUAGCGGUAGAUUGUUGAUGGUCCUGUUGCAUUCACUAGCUUAUAAUGUAAUUCUUCAUCAAACUAUAUCGUAGUGAAAGUAGGUACAGAAUUACUUCCAUCCACCAUGGCUGAAGAACAGCCAGCAGAAGACUAUUCCAACUACUUCAAGGCGUCCAAUCUUCAAUCAGAGAUCCUACCCAUCGGCACCAGUAUCGAAGAGAUGCUACUCCGGAUGGAGGAGUUUGAAAACAUUCUGGAACUGGUCAAAGAGGAAUCGUCGCUAGCCGUCCAGCAGAACAUUCCCAGGAUAGCGGCAAUGAAGCCGGAGUUUGAUAGCCUGUGCGACCGGUUGGAUGCGCUAGAGCGUUUCGUUGCGAUGGUGUCGAAAAAUCUGGACGUGGUGGAACGGCAGGUUCAGAUUGCGGAGGAAGAAUUGGACAUUCCGGACAAGACGAUCAACGUGCUGCUGAAGUCACUGAACAUUUUCGGGAAGCCAAAGCCUACGGAGAAGCAGACCAAUAGGAAUGCCAAUGGGAUGUACGAUCCACCGGCGAUUUUCAAAACAGAUAAUUACUUCGGUGGGGUAAAGGAUUCCGAGGGUAGUUCCGGGGUGGAUAAAUCUGAAGUGGCCAAAAAGUGAUGCUGUUUGUUAAU